UUAGGAUGACCGUUUAUUUUGACUUGACGGCUGGCAGGACCUUAAUGCAGCCGCCUACUCUCGUCUUACAUUGCAGUCAAGGCGAGGCGUAUCUCGAACGAGCCUAUUCAGUCUGGAUGCGGACAGGAGUGACUCCAAUAUGAUGCAACAUUCCUUACUGUUGUGGAUUGUAUUACUCGUGGGCGGUGUGUUUGGUGAUGAAUAUGUGCCUGUAUCAGUGAUGGAGGGAGAUUCAGUUACGCUGAUCUCUAAUAUUACUAAACUACAGAAGAAUGAGGGACUGAACUGGUAUAUUAACGAUGCCACCAUCAUAGCAAAGAUUGAUGAAGAUACCCAAAGGUCCUCUGUCGAAGAGAAGGAAGAAAAUUUAAAAAGCAGAUUGGAGCUGAAUGAGUCUACUGGAUCUCUGACCAUCAUAAACAUCUCAAAAAAUGACUCUAGAGAUUAUAAACUACAGACUACCGGCAAAAUUAAGGGGAAUCCCAAGAUCUUCAAAGUUAUCGUUAAUGGAGUGCCUAUUGUUGAAAAAAAUGGUGUGAAGUCAGUGUCAGUGAUGAAGGGAGAUUCAGUCACCCUACACACUGGUGUUACUCAGAAAGAUGGUGUGAUGUGGACGUUUCAAAAUUCAGAUUUAACUCAUAAUCAGACCGGAGAUCUCACCAUCACAAACAUCGGUAAUCGUCAGAGUGGAAAUUAUGAUUUGGAGAUCAACACCAGCAGACUGUCCUUACGAAGAACAUACCUCGUUGUUUUGAUCGGUGAAAAGCCGAGAGUAUCAGUGAAGAAGGGAGAAAGCGUCUUUCUAAGCACUGGAGUUAAAGAUAUUCAAACAUUUGAUUUGAUGUUGUGGAUUUUUGAAGGCCGAACCAUUGCUGAAAUCAAUAAAAGGGGCAAUUCAAUUUAUGACAGCAGAGAUGGCAGACUGCAAAUGAAUGACAAAUCUGGAUCUCUCAUAAUCAGUAAUUCAGCAUCCACAGACGCCGGAGACUAUAAUCUGAUCAUAAACAGCAGCACACAGUCCUUACAGAGGACCAUCAGUGUUACUGUCAGCAAUUUAGGUGUAUUUCCAGGUGCUGAAGCAGGAAUUGUUGUUGGUCUGCUGGUGUUCCUCUGGUGUUUGCAGCUGUAAUGUUUUUUUAUUAUUACUGCAAAACUUCAGCAAAAUAGCGAUAUUUCUCCUGGUGAAGGAAAUUGAUUAGCAAAUCCAAUGAAGUCUUAUUGUGAAGUCUUGAAGUCUUAUCAAUGAAGUCUUAUCCAAUGAAGCAGUAUUGUGUGUGCUUUUGAGCUGCGAAACUGCUUAAGGAAUUUAAUUUGCUGAUGAUAAGUAAUAAAUGAUGCUUUCAUUCCUUAUGGCAUAAAUGCAGUGUUUAGCCUGUGUAUACUUUACAUGGACAUCAGUAACCUGAUUAUUUACUUUAUUCCAUACGAGACAGUAUUACGAUGUAUGUAAGUUGCUUUUUAGAAUAUUUCUUUCAUGUUUUAGUUUUACAUGUUAUAGUUCAUACACUGAAUAAUGCCACACAUCGUUACAUUCCCACGCCACACAUCGUUACAUUCCCACGCCACACAUCGUUACAUUCCCACGCAACACUCUUUGACAUUCCCUCCAGAAUUUUGUAUAACAUUCUUUUGGUGUAGGACCAUCUAGAGUUUUGGGUGUUUAAACUUCAUGUGCAAUUAAUUGUUUGUCAUGCUAUACAGGCAAACAGAUGAUGGCAGAUAGUAAUUCUUGCCCAUUGCACUCUUUUGUUUGUCAACAUAUUGUUGACCACCGUUUACAUGGUAUAGUCUUAAUCAGAUUGUCUUAAUUAUGUUAAUGUCAGAAUGUUGUUGUCCAUGUAAUUGUACUGAAGCUGUUAAUUUUGUGUUAUUUUAUAAAGGGAACACUCCUCUUUUGUGGAAAUAGGCUAAUUUUAUAAAUCCCCUAGAGUUAAACAUUUGAGUUUUACCAUUUUUGAUUCCAAUCAGCCGAUCUCUGUGUUUGGGGGAAAUAUUUAGCUUAGCUUAGCAUAGAUCAUUGAAUCAGAUUAGACCAUUAGCAUCUUGCUCAAAAAUGACCAAAUAUAUUUUUUAUAAUUUUUCUAUUUAAAGCUUGACUCCUCUGUAGUUAAAAUUGUGUUCUAAAUGAGCCUAUUUUUUAAGUGGAGUGUUCCUUUAAGUGUUUGACUGAAUAAGCCUAAUGAAGCAUGUUGUACUGUAUAAGAUAAUGCAGAAGUAUUCUAAAGCUGAAUAUGUAUACGUGCCUUUAUUUUGAUACUUUCAUUUUUACAUUCCACUUAAUUUUGUAUGUGUCAUAUACUUUUGUGUUUAUUACGUAAAGAUUUUAAGCAUUUUGAAAAACCAACAUUUGGACCAUUGGGGAGCGAUAAAUAAAUGUAUUAUUAUUAAUAUUAUUAUUGGAAACAAAACCUUGUUAGAACUUGCUGUCUAUUAAUAUUCUUAAUGUUUUUUUUUCUUGUUCACACUUGUCACUGCACCCCAGUUGCUAAUUCCUUUUUUAUUUGUUAAACAUUUCAUUCAUUCAUCUUUUGUUCUUUUAUAAACCUCUGUUACUACAUGACAGGCAAUGUAUUUAAUCAGUAAAAAUCUGUAUCAGUGUUAUCGUUAUUAAUUAAAAGCUUGAUUUGCCAUAAA